CUGUCGUUAAGCUUUCCUAAAGCUUUGCUUCGCGUUCGGGUUUCUCUUUCACCAGUCGUCACCGCCAUUUCUCCUCCUUCCAACUACCUUUUGCAAAGCAAUACAGUUAGAUUAUAUCCCCUUCCACUAUCUUCCUCGCCUUUUCUCUUCCAAGUUAUUCCCCUUGUACAUUUGCCACGCGGAAUCGCCAGAUCUCGUCGACUCGUCUUCAAAUGCGUAUGAUCAACUGACCGCCGUGAUAAGGACAAAGGGUAGCGGCAGAGCAAUUCUGUAACCGAUUAUGGAGAACGGGACUGUGCAUAACGCUGUCUGCUCUUCGCAAUCGGCAAACGGAAGCUGCGAAGUCUGGAGCUGUAACGAAUCCGAUUCUUCUUCUGCUGAUCAUCUCGUCAUCAUGGUUCACGGCAUACUUGGCAGCUCCAAUGACUGGAAGUAUGCAGCUGAGCGGUUCGUUAGAAAUCUGCCGGAUAAAGUGUUUGUUCAUUGUAGUGAGAAAAACAUGUAUAGGCUGACUCUCGAUGGGGUGGAUGUGAUGGGUGAACGGUUGGCCCAGGAGGUCCUCGAAGUGAUUCAAAAGAACCCAAAUUUACAGAAGAUUUCUUUUGUUGCACAUUCAGUAGGAGGACUAGUUGCAAGGUAUGCUAUCGGGAGAUUGUAUAGGGGCCCUAGGGAAGAUGAUGCAGAGGGCCCAAAUGCCAAUCCGAAUAAAGAACAGCCGAGAGCCACAAUAGGUGGCCUGGAGGCUGUCAAUUUCAUUACUGUUGCUACCCCUCACCUUGGUUCUAGGGGAAAUAAGCAGGUACCAUUUCUUUUUGGUUUAAAUGCCUUGGAGAAAGCUGCAGGUCUUGUUAUUCAUUGGAUAUUUAGGAGAACAGGUCAACAUCUAUUUCUUGUAGACAACGAUGAGGGGAAACCUCCAUUACUUAAGCGGAUGAUAGAAGAUUUUGGUGACCUUAACUUCAUGUCUGCAUUGCGGACAUUCAAACGUCGGGUGGUGUAUUCAAAUGUUGGCUAUGACCACAUUGUGGGGUGGAGAACGUCUUCAAUUAGGAGGAAUAACGAACUACCAAAGUGGGAGGAUUGUUUAAAUGAGAAAUAUCCACAUGUGGUUCAUGAAGAACAUUGCAAGGCCUGUGAUGAAACUGAUCUGGCUGAGCCCUUCUCAACAGAUGAUAAAUUUGACAAGAUAGAAGAGGAGUUAGUGACGGGUUUGUCACGAGUGUCUUGGGAAAAAAUAGAUGCAAGCUUCCACACGAGCAGACUGAGAUUAGCUGCUCAUAGUGUUAUCCAGGUGAAAGAUGAGAGCAUGCACAUUGAAGGGGCAGACGUUGUGCAGCACUUGAUUGACCAUUUUGUUCUGUAAUCGAAUAAAUCCCUAACCCUAACUUAGACGGUGAGGUAGGGAACAUAAGGUGCUUGUAACCUUUCAUCCCAUUUGCACCAUCAGACCAUUUUAUCAGGAAAUUUCGACUGCAGUGCUUGAAGAUCCUGGUUGUGCCCGCUGAAGCUCAAGCAAUGCUGUGAAGUACUGGGAAUUUUUGUAUGAUCGUUUAGGAACUGAUUUAUUUUAUAUUGUAUACAUGUGCAUGAUAAUGCUAUGAAAUAAUUGCUUACCGACAGCUCAAUUUUGUUUCCUUGUGUUUUCAUCGCGUACAAUACGAAGCUUCAUCUCACAACCUAAAUGAAAUUUACACGUCUUG